AUGGCCACCUUCAUGAAUCAGCCAUUGCAAGACGUUGAAGAGGCAAUGUUAGGUGCUUAUGAACAGGAGAUGGCUGUGGUUGACCCAGAUGCUCCAGUGGAUGGUGUCGGGAACGCUCUCCGUGAAAGCUAUGUUCGCAGAUAUUUUCAGUGA